AUGCUGGGGUGUCUGACCUGUCAUUUCUUUGUUGUGCAGCUCAGGUCUGUGAUGGCCAUGCAGGAGAAAUACACCGGGGAAAGGGUUUCCCAUGCCGCCUCUCCAGGUCCCAGUGCAGUUCAGAAGGUUGGUUCCCUGGGGGCUGAAUGGCAGACCCCAGUGCUCUCGGAGGCGUUUCGGAGCCGCUUCAGCCGCUGCCCGAGUGUAGCUGAUAGUGGGGACACAGCUAUUGGCACAUCAUGCUCAGAUCUUGCAGAGGAUUUUUGCAGUUCAAGUGGCAGUUCUUCUUUCCAGCCCAUCAAAAGCCACAUAACCAUUCCAACAGCCCAUGUGAUGCCUUCUACUUUGGGGACUUCUCCUGCCAAACCAAAUUCUACACCUGCUGGGCCUUCUUCCUCCAAACUCCCUUUGUCUGGGUUGGGUGAAAAUGUGACGAUGACAAGAAAUGGAGACCUCGGUGCAAUGAAACGUUCCCCGGGCCUGUCUCGAGACCUUAUGUAUCUCUGUGGUGCUGCUGGAGACAACGGGAAUGAGCAGUCUUGGUUUCCAGCAGUGGGCCAUGAAAGAGAGGAACAAGUGAGGAAGUUUGAAAUUCCUAGCGUGGAACCGACCCUCAAUCAGUCAGCAGUGAUGGAAACCCUUUAUUCAGAUCCUCACUACCGAGUCCACUUCCACAAUCCAAGAACUGACACGAGCAAGGAGUUGUACAAAGUGUUACCUGAGGCCAAGAAGGCACCAGGCAGUGGGGCAGUAUUUGAGCGAAAUGGACCACACCCUAGCAGUAACGGGGUGCAUCACUUGGGGCUCCAGCCUGCUCCUGGGCUCUCAAAGGCUCUGCCCUCUCAGGUGUGGCAACCAAAUCCUGACCCUUGGCAUCCUCGGGAGCAGUCUUGUGAACUCAGCACCUGUCGGCAGCAGCUGGAAUUGAUCCGGUUACAGAUGGAGCAAAUGCAGCUUCAGAACGGAACCCUCUGCCAUCAUCCUGCUACUUUUGCUCCUUUACUGCCCACCUUAGAGCCAGCCCAGUGGAUCAGCAUCUUGAACAACAAUGAACACCUUCUUAAGGAAAAGGAGCUCCUCAUUGACAAGCAGAGGAAACACAUUUCCCAGCUGGAGCAGAAAGUUCGAGAGAGUGAGCUGCAAGUCCACAGUGCCCUUUUGGGUCGCCCUGCUCCCCUUGGGGAUGUCUGCUUGCUCAGGCUACAGGAAUUGCAGCGGGAAAACACUUUCUUACGUGCUCAGUUUGCACAAAAGACGGAGGCCUUGAGCAAAGAGAAAAUCGAGCUGGAAAAAAAGCUGUCUGCUGCAGAAGUGGAAGUCCAGCUCAUCAGAGAAUCUCUCAAAGUGACACUGCAGAAGCAUUCGGAGGAGGGGAAGAAGCAAGAAGAAAGGGUAAAGAGUCGUGAUAAACACAUCAAUAAUUUGAAAAAGAAAUGUCAAAAGGAAACAGAGCAGAACCGGGAGAAGCAGCAACGUAUUGAAACCUUGGAGCGCUACUUGGCUGAUCUUCCCACACUGGAAGACCAUCAGAAGCAGAGUCAGCAGCUUCAGGAUUCUGAAUUGAAGAGCACAGAGCUACAAGAGAGAGUGACUGAGCUGGAGAGUUUGCUGGAGGAAAGCCAAGCGGCCUGCCGGGAGAAGGAGGUUCAACUGGAAAGCCUGAGAGAGCGGGAAGCAGAAUUUUCCAGACACAACCUGCAAGAGAAGCAGUCCAUGGAGAACACCAGUGGAGGUGAAGGCCCCAGCACGGACGUAGAGACCUGGCAGCAGGAAUGUGACUCCCUCCGCAAGGUCGUGGAGAAACAACAGCAGAAGAUAGAUCAGCUGCACUCACGAGUGCAGAGCCUUGAGCAGGAAGUGGCUCAAGAAGAAGGAACAUGCCAGGUCCUGCGAGAGGAAGCCCAGCGGAGAGAGACAGCUCUGCAGCAGAUGCGCACAGCUGUGAAGGAGCUUUCAGUACAAAACCAGGACCUGAUUGAGAAGAAUCUGACCCUGCAGGAGCACCUGCGCCAAGCCCAGCCGGGGACCUUGCCUUCAGCAGACACAGCCCAGCUGGUGUCUGAGCUGCUCCAGGAGCUGACUCGUUGCCUUCAGGAUCUGCAGGCUGUCUGCAGCAUCAUCACCCAGAGGGCCCAGGGUCAUGACCCUAAUCUCUCCCUGCUCUUGGGCAUUCACUCUACACAGCAUCUGGAGACACAGCAGGAUUUUCAGAAGCCAGAUGUGAUCAAGAGGAAGCUGGAAGAGGUUCAACAGCUACGCCGGGAAAUCGAGGACUUAAGGACCACCAUGUCAGACAGAUAUGCCCAGGACAUGGGAGAAAACUGUGCCACACAGUGAGGAAUGCGGGGCUGGGACUGGCUGCACCACAGGGCCUGCAGGAGCCUAGUGCAAGGGAUUCCUGCCCUAACACUGUGUUGCCUUCUGUGUGUGGCUCCCAGGGGAGAGCCUGCAUCUGGAGGCUAAGGGUUGCUGAGGGAACUGUUGCCCAUCCCAGCUGGCUUUGCCUUGUGGGAUUGCAUUUGUUCUGUUACCCUGAUUGACCUCCCGAGGGUGAGUGACUAACUGGCAGGUACAGUGGGUGAGUCCUCCCAGGCCGUUCCGAGCCCUAGGCUGGCAUCAGAAGCCAACAGUCUGCUCACCUCCUCCUCUCUUCUGGGAUGGAGCCACAUGCAUUCCCACUCCCUGCCUUGGCCCUGUCAGUCCCUGCAUCUCACUGGAAGGGCUGGAAAUCCCAGGUAUCACGAACAGCGAUGAUUUGAGGAUCCCAGGCCCCUCAUGGCAGCCUUCCUGGGCCCUGAGCUGCCUGGCUGGCUUCCCCAGGCUUCUGCUGCUUCCUCAGGGCGAGUUCUUCGUUAUCAGAGUACCCACUUGGAUUGUGAGCCUAGGGGUUCUGCCAGGGUUCUUCUGCUCUUUGCUGCCAAUCCUACAGGGAUCCCCUUUCCCCAGCUAUCCUGCUGUCCCCUGGAUCCUGGCCAUGUCUGCAAGAGCUGCCUCCCGUGUUCUCAGGCCUCCCAGGUAGCUCCUGCCUUGGGCUUUAACUACAGACUCCUCUGUCUGGUCUGGGAAGACUUUUCCCCCAGCAGGCUCCAGGGCAUUUGUCAAGCUGCUUCUGCCUUGCCCCAGGUUUGAGACUGCCUGGCCUCUGGAUUGUGCCUCCUGUCUUGGGGGAGGGGAGUGCUUUCCCUGUUCUGGCCUCCCAGAGUACCCAGCCUAGGCCAGCUUUGUGAAGGCACAGCUUUUGUUAACUUAGUGUUUUUUGUUUGUACCGGCUGCUUUCUUGUUUUUUCUUGCCUCCUGUUUAGGGUGCAUCUCACAAUUGUUUUUAUGUGGUGGCAAGGCCCACCCCAGGCCUUUUUCUAGACUUGGAGCCUGGCCAGGCAGGGACCACAUGUGAGUGUAAUGCACUGGGCAGAUCCAGGGACCUAGAAGCUGCCACUGCAGUAUUGUCACUAAGCUUCUCAGGCUGAUGGCCACCUCCUGGACUGCACUCCUGGGCCUGAAUGAGGCUCCUUCCUAAGUGUUUUUGCAAGUUAGUGUUUUAUUUAUGGAGUGACUUAUCCCUUCCAUUGAAAGGAGCUCCACCCGCUGGCCUUCCCUGAGCCCCUGGGCUUCGGCCUCCACCCUGUGCUGGGAGCCUGGCCACACGUUCACGGGUGGUGCUCUGAGUGCUCUAAGUGUUCAAGUUUCCAAGCGGUUAUUUAUAUGAAUCUUUGUUAUGUCAACUGUUUGUAUUGCCCAUUUUGACUACAGAAUAAAGUACUUAACAGA